AUGGCAGGCAAGCCUGACCUGGGCGGUUUGCCCAAGAGGAGACUGACCACGUAUGGCAAGGGCGCAAGGAAGCGGCAACCGAAAACGGCCUUCACACCCGUCACCGCGUCGGAAUCCAUGUCCGAUGAGGACCCUAUUACGGCCUCUCAGACCACAGCGACGCGUCAACAGCCUACGCUUGCGGCAUCGCCUCGUGACGAUUCACCACCGCGUCGAUACAAGAGCUUGGAUGGAGCCAAUGCCACCAGAACAAACACUUCCUCUCCUUACAAUAUCCAGAGUUCGGAACGCAAACGAAAGCUAUCGCAAGUCUACACGUCGAAGGGGCACACCCAGGAAACACUCGGGUCUGGAGACAGCUCUCCGUCCGCACCAAAGCCACGGCGAUCCCGUACGGCUGCGUCCAACAAUGCGCGUGCCUCCAUGACGACCACGAAUGCACGCAUGCCCAUCGCACCGAGAUCUACCGAGCCCAUGGAGGUCGACCUUGUUGGUCCCAGAUUGUCAAGUCCGCCGCUCACACCGACGCCGCCCAAAGCUUCGAAGCCAAAAGCCAGGGCAGCUGAAAAACCUUCCUCUGCGAAUACACCGAAACCAGUCAGCGUACUGCAACAGGACAUCCCUUUACACCUCGCUCGAAAUUUGACGCAGAAAAGCAAGCAGUCGAACGUGCCUUCCGCCGCACGAAUCGAAAACAAGCCGCCAGUCGCUCAAACCCGGGCGCCAGCCACCAGUCUCCCAAAGAAGCCGAGAAAACGACUUAUUGACGCCCUUGUGGAACAGAUCCCGGACGAUUCAGAUGACCUCGUUGACAACGUGCCCAGCAGUCAGGCCGGUUUCAGUCAGCAAACGUCGAGCCAAACUAGUGACGCCUCCAUUCUGGACUCGCAAGGCUUGCCAACAACACCCACAAGCAAGCGCAGAACAGCACACGCCACGGUCACUCGGACAUUCGCGCGAUCUAGCAGUUCCCUGAAGUUCACUUAUGGGCAAGGAAGGAAGGUCCUAGAGGAUGAAGAUAACCUAAUGGAUGCUUUGGCCCUUCCCGAGGAGCCGUCUGUUCCUCUGAGGGGAAGACGCCUGGAACUUGGAGGUCCGAAGACGUCUGCUCUUUCCAGUGGGUCUUUCGACCUUGACGUUGAUGUCGCAACCGAUGGGUCGCCAAAUGCCAAACUUCGGGACAUUCAUGAAUUGCGACAGGCAGGUGCCAAUUCGCGUGUUGCAGACGCCAUGCAAGAUCUGAAGGAGCAGUUGGGGACACCAGGUACGAAGCCCUCGUCAUCUCGCCGAGCAGCUUUGCUGCAAGUGGCAGAGAAGAUAGGAGACAAGACCUUCAUGCGACAGUGCCGCGAUCAUGGAGUCGAAGCUACGAUGCUCAAAGACGUGGGCACAGAGCUCGAUAAUAUUGCGGUGUUCUUGAUAUUAUCCAUCCUCGUCACGAUACUCGCCAAGUGGCCAUCAGCACAUAUGGCUCGACUGGUCCGGCUUGAGGAUCCGGGUCCCAUCUUCGCCCGCCUCCUGGGCAUUCCUGAGGAUGUCAAGAAGAUAGUCAAGGAUCGCAAGAGCAACCUUUCUAGACGGAGUCAAACCCAGAUCAUCUCGAUUCACAACUCGUUACGUGAUCUACCAAUCUGGGACGGCGCUGCCCCUCAGUAUAUUUCGCCAAGAAGCAUUGUUAUAAAGUGUCUUCGGCUGCUCAUCGCCCAGGAUACCAACGUCGGGCAGGACCCUGCUGUCUUCACGAGGAGUGUCACGGAAGGCCUGUUUGAAGUGCUAUCAGAAGCCAGUCAAAGCGCGGACCAUUGGAACUACCCUACAGCAGUCGAAUCAAGUAAUCUCUGCGGGGCUUUGGCGGUGCUUGAUGUCCAUGCCGUCAGCGUCGGCGAGAUGCAGCGUGCAAGCAGCGAAUGGUCUACGUGUUACCUGCCAAUCAUAGCUGACGUUUUCACGACAUCUUUCCGGCACCCAGCAGAAGACAACAAGACUCUCGAGAACUCGGUAUUGAAGCUCGCCAUCAACAUGACCAACAACAAUAUAGAGGCUCCGGAUAUUUUCGCGUCGAAGGGAGCCUUGCCCGCCUUGGCUGCGUCAAUAUCCCACAGUUUUACGCAGAUCUUGACAUCAAUCUCCCAGGACGCCUGGAAAGAUGGGAUCACCGAUAGUCUGGUUUUGCGACUCGGUAUUCUCAUCAACUUCGCGGAACACAGCAGCCUAGUACGGCAAGUCAUCAGCGAUUCCCAGCAUAAUGGACAGAAAACCGUCGACGAGUUUAUCCAGAUAUUUCUAGAGAACCACCGGAAGACCAACGAAGCGGACUCGUUGGAGAAGAGCCAUCUCAAUGUCGCCUUUGGCUACUUAUCAGUGCUUCUCGGCUAUUUGUCAUUGCAUGCGCCCGUUCGACAGAAGCUGAAGUCCAGCCAUUCUGCGAGGAGCAUUGGGCCUUUGAUCGACUCGAUACGCGAGUUCACGGGGUUUAUCAAGAAAAUGGAAAGCACAGCGGACGAGGAUGACGAAGGCUCUCGAUCCAGCAGUGGCUACACGGAGCAAUUACAAUCUCUUGUGCAUCAGCUCGAAGAUGAAGCGGUAUACGAUUAG